GUUCCUACACCUCACAACUAUUGCGGCAGCGCCACUUGGCGGUUGUAUUGAGGUAGUGCAGGGUUUCCCAACUAGUGUGCCUCCAAAACUGCAACCCCCAGCAUAAGUUCUGCUACAGCUGCAGGCAUGGUGGAGGCCAUUGGCAGCCGCAGGCCAAAGAAGGAGCGGAAAGCUGGUGAUUCAGUAUGUAAGUUAAAAUAACUAACGCAAAGCUGACUGACGCUGUGCUGUGACUGUGUGAACAGGAUGCUUUUUUUGGCCAGAAGGUAUUCCUGUUAACCCACUGCACCUGUACAAAAAUAAGAGCAGCUUCUCUCCUGGGAGCGAGGAAAGUAGUGUUGCUGUAUAAUCUCCUUAAUACUGCAGGUAUUAGUGUGGAUUGGACUCUGCACUUGCAGUAUGUCCUUCAUACCUGACCCUCAGCAGACUUGAGCUGGUGCAGAUUUGCUGGUGAUGGGGACACUUAUGUUGCCUUCCCCCAGUACACCUCUCCUCGCUUAAAAACAUCAUGUACCCUGAAGACUAAGGGGGCGAAUGGUUCCCCCAACCUACUUGCUGGCUGCUGUCUUCAGGGUUCUGUGUGAUGCAUUUCAGAAGCUUAGCUGAGGCUACUUGCAAGCAACCUAAAGAUGGAAAACAAGCAUAGGACCAUAUCAGAAAUAUCUCCCUAGGAUAUAAAUUAUUGACUGGGAUAAAGAUAAAGAUUAAAGUGUUUUCUGGCCCCUGGUAUUUAAUCCAUCUUAUUUUAUCAGUAUGCAUCUACAUAGGAGAAAAAGGCUUCAGCUGAACCGUAUCUUAUUUAUAGUCUGUGUGAUGUUCCUUUGCUCCUUGUACCAACUAUCAGUUGAUCAACAGAUGGAUUCAGAACAUUGGACAGAGACUAACUUGAAAGAACCUAGCUUUGUAAAGGAAGUAAAAACUCAAAUGACUGUAAAAGAAUCUUUUAGGGAACUAUUCAACCUGACGUCCCCCACCACCACCACUUCAACCACCACCACCACUUCUACCACCACCACUUCUACCUCAGUUGCCCACACAGAAAAUGUAACUGAAAGGACCAAAACCCGACACUGUAUUUUUGUGGACCCAGAACCUACCAGUAAACCAAAAGCUACAACCACUCUUCCAACCACCACCAGCAAACCCACUAAACCCCCUUUGCCUCAUGCCAAAGGAGAAUAUCCAGAGGACCUAUUCAGCAUAGAGCAGCGCAGGCAGGGUUGGGUAGCACUACAUAUCUUUGGCAUGAUGUAUGUAUUUGUGGCCUUGGCCAUUGUCUGCGAUGAGUUUUUUGUUCCAGCUUUGGGGGUAAUCACAGAAAAGCUUCAGAUCUCUGAAGAUGUAGCAGGUGCCACAUUUAUGGCAGCAGGUGGAUCAGCACCGGAACUUUUCACCUCCUUGAUUGGCGUGUUCAUUUCUCACAGUAAUGUAGGCAUUGGAACUAUUGUGGGCUCGGCUGUCUUUAACAUCUUGUUUGUGAUAGGUACUUGUGCCCUCUUCUCCAGGGAGAUUCUCAACCUUACAUGGUGGCCUCUCUUCAGAGAUGUCUCCUUUUAUAUUCUCGAUUUGAUUAUGCUGAUCAUCUUUUUCCUUGAUAAUUUUAUAAUGUGGUGGGAGAGCAUGAUGCUUCUCUGUGCCUAUGGGCUUUAUGUCUGCUUCAUGAAGUGUAAUGUUAUGAUUGAAAGAUUGGUGAAGACAAAUGUUGCCAAAAGAAAGAAGCUAGUGAAAGUAAUGGCAUUGGAGGAUACAUCUAAGAAAGGCAAUGGGUCAGUUGCAGGGGAUGAGCCAAAGCCACCAGAAGACAACAACAGAUUAAAGCUGAAGCCUUUCCUUACCAGAGGUGGGAGUUCGGCCUCUCUGCAUAACAGCACCAUUCGCAGUACCAUAUUUCAGCUCAUGAUCCAUACCCUGGACCCCCUGGGGGAAGCAAAAUUUAAAGACAAGGCUGAAAUCAUGAACAACAUGGCCAAGGCCAAGGUAGAGACAGAGGGGAAAAAAGGCCUGAAAACCAAAGAUGAGAAAGAUGAUGGUGUUGAGGUCACUAACACAGUGAAUGUACAAGUAAUCCCCCCUACUGGGUCUGAGCCCUCCAAGGAUGCAGAGGAUCAAGGAGGCGAAAAGGAUGACACUCAGAAAGGAGCCACUCAAGCAGGUGAUGGAGGAGGUGGAUCUGGCAGCAGUGGAGAUGAUAGUGAUGAUGAGGAUGACAGUGAUGAUGACGACAGUGAUGAUGAAGAUGAGGAGGAUGAAGAAGAGGAGAUAGAUGAACCUCUGUCUUUGGAGUGGCCGGACACUAUUAGAAAGCAAAUUACAUACCUAUUCCUACUUCCCAUUGUAUUUCCUUUAUGGUUGACUGUGCCUGAUGUUAGGAGUCCGAAAUCAAGAAAGCUUUUCGUCUUUACGUUUCUUGGCUCAAUAAUGUGGAUUGCUAUAUUUUCAUACCUCAUGGUAUGGUGGGCACAUCAGGUGGGGGAAACCAUUGGCAUUUCGGAGGAGAUAAUGGGCCUUACCAUACUGGCAGCUGGUACCUCAAUACCAGAUCUCAUCACCAGUGUGAUUGUGGCAAGGAAAGGACUGGGUGACAUGGCAGUCUCUAGCUCUGUAGGAAGCAACAUCUUUGACAUCACUGUAGGGUUACCUGUCCCCUGGUUCCUGUUCUCAGUAUUUAAUGGUUUUAGUCCAGUGGCGGUGAGCAGCAAUGGCUUGUUUUGCGCAAUUGUCCUCCUUUUUCUCAUGCUUCUCUUUGUCAUAUUCUCCAUUGCUGCCUGCAAGUGGAAGAUGAACAAGUUUCUAGGAUUCACCAUGUUCACACUGUACUUUGUGUUUGUGAUCGUCAGUGUCAUGCUGGAGGACAGGAUCAUUGUGUGCCCCAUAUCUAUAUAGAGCAGCCACUAAACUGACCUCAUCCAAUGUUCAUACACGUGGUAUGCACACUCCUAGAGGAAACCUGAUCAUAAAUAUAUUUUCUUAUUCCUAUUUUUUAUAUACAUAUAUACAUAUUGCUAAUAUACUUAGUAAGCAGAACUGUACCAACCUAGACUAUGACUGAUGCCCUCAGAGCCUAGAAAUCUCUAACCCAUCCCUCUACAUGGACAAUACAUGUGCAUUUCACUAUGUUGCCACCAUUAGAGAUGUCUGCCAAGCAAUAUGUGAACCUUGAAUAAUAAUAUUGAAGUUUAUAACAUAUUCUGUAAACUGAAAUAAAACCAAUUUGAU